UUAAGCAUAUGUAAACAGAUUAUUCUUCCCAGAAAAUCUCUGCAGAAAUAGAUUGCAUGGGAUAUGUUGCAUGUUUAUGAAACAUUCUUAAAGUAAUUAGAAAUUUGUUUAAAGGAUGACAUUACCAAAGUUGCUAAUUAUGAUGUUAGGCUCUUUUUGCAUUCAUUCUAAAUAUGAAUUUGAAAUUUCAAUCCAACAACAACACAGUUUUUAGUGUCGGUUAUAACCUUUUGUAAUUCAAGCCAGAUCAGUAGAAACUAGAGCAGAUAUUUUCAGCUUUGGCUAUUGGAAACCAAAGCUGUAUGCAGAUACAAUAGAGUCUGUUGCAAAAAAAACAAAAACUUGUAACAUUGAUUUAAGGAGUUGAACUAGAAUGAUGAUUGUCAUAAUACACAUGAUAUACUACUGUAUGUUUUCCUACAUUAGACUUGUCUGUUUAAUGCCAAAUUCUAAAAAACUGUAACUAGAGGAUAUAAAUGUGGAUAAACAUACUGAUAACUAGUCACUUUUGUAAAGACACAGAAAAUGCCAGUAGCUGGUAAAUCUUGUGGUUCUGAUUACCAAAUUAGAGUUUAUUAGUGAAAGAUGGAGGAAGUGUAUGAUACUGCGGAGGAUGACUGGGAUGAUGAUGAAGAUGAGGCCACUCAGUACAUGAUUGAACAGAGUCUACUGGAGUGCAGUAAACAUGCUGAUUCAGCUACCAGUGAUCAAUUAGACUGCAUUGACCAUGAGGAAAUUUUCACCGCUAUACAAGCUGGUAAUGAGGAUGCUCUGAAAGUCCUGGUGCAGCGAAAGGAGGCUCUGUCUAAUGCAGACAGCAGGGGCUGGAUCCCUUUGCAUGAGGCAGCGGUACAACACAAGAGGAGAAUUCUGGAAAUCACUUAUGCAGCAUCUCCUCAGGGGUCAGGGCAAUGCCGUACUCUGAGAGGGGAGACUCCGCUGUUUCUCGCCGUUGUCCACGGUCUCCGAGAGAAUGCCACAUUCCUGCUGCAGAACGGUUGUGACCCUGACUGCAGAAAUGAGGAUGAUGAUUCUGCAUUGGUUGCAGCCAUAAAGAAUGACCAGUAUGACCUGGCUCUGCUGCUGCUACGCUACAAUGCCACAGUGGACCAAAAAGGAAGUCUUCAAAGAACCGCUCUGCAUGAAGCAUCCGUGCUUGGCUUGGAUAACUUUGUAUACCUGCUCCUACAAUCUGGCGCUGACCCAAAUAUCGUUGAUGUCUGUGAACAUACUCCUUUAGGACUUGCAGCUCAAGCUGGACAUUUUAACGUUGUAGAGAUUCUGCUUCAGAAAGGGGCCAGUGUGUGGUCCAAGCCUCAGUCUCCUGGUUCAGCCUCAGUUUUAUUCGAUGCUGCAGCUUCUGGAAACCCUGAUAUCAUUUCACUGCUGCUGGAGUAUGGAGCCGAUCCCAACGUGCCCACCCACACCGGUCAUCUCCCCAUCCACCGUGCAGCCUACCGCGGACAUCUGCUAGCGCUGGAGCAGCUGAUCCCUGUGACUAAGAAAGAGGUGAUAAAAGAGAGCGGCAUGAGCCCGUUACACUCCGCCGCUGCAGGCGGUCACUCUCAGUGUCUGGAUCUGCUCCUGAGCUCUAGGUCUGACCCAAACCUCAUGCUACACCCCAGAGUGCGCAGGAACUAUGAGGAUGAACGCAGGUCAGCGCUGUUCUUCGCUGUAUCGAAUAAUGAUGUCCAGUCAGCGAGGCGGCUUUUAAAGGCCGGGGCCAUGCCCAAUCAAGACCCUGUCAACUGCCUGCAGGUGGCCAUGCGACUGGGCAACUACGAGCUGAUCAACACUCUGCUCCGCUACGGUGCCAAUGUGAACUACUACUCCCGUGUCAACACCACCCACUUCCCUUCUGCCCUUCAGUAUGCACUUAAGGAUGAGGUGAUGCUGCGUAUGCUGCUCAAUAAUGGCUAUGAUGUGCAGCGCUGCUUUGACUGCCCGUAUGGACAGGCCUCACACAUGCCUGUGGAUUAUGAAGGCUGGAGCGCUGCUGUCAUCAAAGAUGUUGUGUUUUGUGAGGUGAUCACAGUGUACUGGCUCAAGCACAUCUCAGCCCAGGUAGUGAGAAUCAUGCUGGAUUACGUUGAUCAUGUGACUCUCUGCUCCAAACUGAAGAGUGUUCUGGUUGAGCAAAAACAGUGGCCAGAAAUAUGUAAGAUACAAGAAAACGCUCGAAGCCUGAAGCAUCUCUGCAGACUGAAGAUCCGUGACUGUUUGGGUCGCUUGCGUCUGAGGGCUCCAGUUUUUAUCAGUUUCCUGCCUCUGCCUGCAAGUCUCAAAGACUACAUUCGCUUCAAAGAGUAUGAUAUUUACAGCAGAGGAAGUGUGCCAGAAUAGUAAAAUGAGAACAUGAGUACAUGAGAAGCUGAUAUAAAACUUUUUAUGUGAAUAUACCCUUUUAAAAA